CCACCGGCAGCGGGCGGGCCCGGCGCGGGGCGGCGGCGCGGAGCGGCGGGGAGAGCGGAGCGGCGGCCGGAGAGGAGGUGGUGGGCAGAACCAGGCCAGCGCAGAGCCGGGCCGGAUGGGUGUCAUAGCAGAGCCAGGGCCCGGGGACCCCCGGGGUGGCUGAGCCGGCCCAUGGCGGCAGGCGUGGGCGCCUUCACAUGGGCCACCUUCCCCGCCAUGCCCACACGGCGCGUGUACUGCAGCACCACGCACCGCGACGGGCAGCUCUUUGUGCUGGGCGGCUGCGGGGCUGGUGGGCGAGCCCUGGGCACCGCUGAGGUGCUCGACCUCCCAGCCCAGCACUGGACCACGCUCCCACCGCUGCCCACGCCACGGGCCGGUGCCGCUGCCCUCGCCCUGGGAAAGCAGAUCUUUGUGGUGGGUGGCGUGGACGUGGCACAGAGCCCCCUUGCCUCCGUUGAGGUCUACCACGUGGAUGAGGGCAAGUGGGAGAAGAAGGCAGCGUUGGCUCAGCCCUCCAUGGGCAUCUCGGCCGUGCAGAGAGACGGGGCUGUCUAUGCGCUGGGGGGAAUGGGUGUGGACACCUCUCCCCAGGCACUGGUCCGUGUCUACGAGCCAGCAAAGGACUACUGGCAGCCCCUGCCCUCCAUGCCCACCCCCUGCUAUGGGGCCUCUGCCUUCCUGCAGGGCAACAAGAUCUUCGUCCUGGGGGGCCGGCAGGGCAAGCUGCCUGUCACCGCCUUCGAGGCCUUUGACCUGGAGACGAGGAGCUGGACACGCUACCCCAGCGUGCCCAGCCGCCGCGCCUUCGCUGCCUGCGCCAUGGCCGACGGCGUCGUUUUCAGCCUUGGGGGGCUGCAGCAGCCAGGGCCUCACAACUUCUAUUCCCGUCCCCACUUCGUCAACACCGUGGAGAUGUUUGAUCCUGCACAGGGUGCAUGGAGCAAGCCAAGCCGCGCCAUCCGCAUGAGGGAGAAGAGAGCCGACUUCGUGGCUGGCUGCUUGGGAGGAAGAGUGGUGGCUGUGGGUGGCCUUGGUAAUGCCAGGGGGAACCAGUCCUGCCCACUGGACUCGGUGGAAGGGUUCAGCCUCUCACAGAAGAAGUGGGAGCCACUGCCCCCCAUGCCCACCGGCCGCUGCUCCUGCUCCAGCUGCCCGGCACCCAGCCUGCUCUUCAUUGUUGGUGGGGUGGCCCAGGGUCCCAGCGGUGCUGUUGAGGCACUGUGCCUGCGCGAGGCACCCUGACCAGGGCCCCAGGGACCAGCCCCAGCUGAGCACCAAGUGCCUGAAGAUGGGGACGGGGUGUGUAAGCAUCUGUGCGUGUGGGUGACCCAGCUCUGGGGAGCUGCUGUCCCAUGACGCCAAGCGCCGGAGCAGCCACGGUUUCUUGCCAUGCUUCGGAAACCCCUCUUGGCUCCUGCGGCGCUGUGGCAGUGGAGCCCCGGGCAAAAUCCUGCCUGGUGGGAGGGCUGUGGCCAGCAGCAUGGAGGGAGCAGCGGUGGCAGGACCGUCGCUGGCUGCACUGCCCCAUCCGGCCCCAUCCGUGCCACGGCAUGUCCGUGCCGUGUGUGUAGCAGUGAGUGCUGUGUCGUCGUAGACCCAGUCAAUGUCUGAUGUAGCACAGAGGUGCCCUGUAGCUCAGUGCCUAGGAGGUGACAUAGCACCUCAAAUAAAUGAAACACGUGGAAUUUUA